UCUUUCUGCACAUGUGACUUCAUGGUUCGGACUCUUGCAGACAUCAUCGACAACAAUGUCGUUCUCAAGGCCACGCUGAAACUUCCGCCCGACAGCGAAAUGCGCCAGUGGCCGGUGGUCGACGUCGCUCUCAUCGACUGGGCAGUGAUGCAGCAGGCUUUGCUGGACGAACUGCAGAAAGAACCGAGUGCGACCUCGAAGAGACUCGCUGCCAUUGCUCUGCUCCAACGUUUGCUGGAGCAAGAGAUGGGUGGACUCAGUACGGGUCCUCAGAUACGCGAACCCAAGACUCGCUUCAAAGGCGUCGUGAACGGGGUGCUUUCGCUCAAGGACGGUUCAGUUCAAUCCGCGGCUUCGAGCGAGGGCAGGUCAACUCAAGUUUUCGCUCCGAUUGACAAGCUGCUCGGGCACCUCGAAGACCGCCUUGGCAAUCUCGCUCGCCUGGAAAUCGUGACACUUGAUCUCUCAGGCAACGACUUGCGCAACAGUGACAUGCCGUACAUUGUGAAACUCGUCCAAGCACUCAAAUGUCCGGUCAUCAAGUUGCGCUCCAACCGCCUGGGGAUGGGCAUCCCAACCAAAGAAGAAAAUACGCCUGUCCACUACCUCGCCUCGCUCGCAGCAGAGGAGUUCGUGCGCUUUGUUGACAUUGUUGGCAACUAUGUUGCGGCAGUGGACUGGGCACCGGCCUAUCAACAGUAUGCAAACGAGACCACCUGGAACAAGUUGGUGUAUAUUCCGUUGUCUUGGCUGGAAGACCACAAGUGGUCUGAACCGGACAUCUGCGGCCAGUACGUCGAAUCCGCAAAGAACUGCCACAAGAAGUUUUACUGGGCCAAUUUGAGCGAUCCUGUCUUUACACGUCAUGAUUCGCUCAAUUAA